AUGACUGUUUCCAUUCCGGCCAGUCAGCGAGCACUAAAGGUUACCGGCGCUGGACAAUUCCAGGUGUCAUUGGCCAAUGCAAUCCCCACGGUCGCUGAUGAUGAAGUUUUGGUGAAAGUCGUGGCAGUGGCUAUCAAUCCUAUAGAUGGGAAAUCGGCAGAGCUCUCGCCCACAGCAGGGGCAACGUCAGGAUGCGAUUUUGCUGGCUCCGUGGUGCAACUUGGAAGCAACAUCACCAAGGCGCUGAAGUUGGGAGACAGAGUCUGCGCUUGUAUCUUUGGCAAUAACCCAGAGCGCCAGGACAAUGGGGCAUUCUCGGAGUUUGUCGCCGUGCCAGCUGACCUGGUGUUAAAGAUUCCUGAUUCAAUGUCUUACCAAACAGCGGCGACUCUUGGAGUGGCUGUUGCAACUGUAGGAAUGGCGCUUUACAACUCUCUCAAAUUGCCAACACCUUCAUCUCCGAAGAGUGAAUCUAGAUAUUUUCUGGUAUACGGAGCGAGUACCGCAAUGGGAACCAUGGCUAUCCAGAUGGCCGUGAUGUCCGGGUUCUCGCCUAUAGCCAUAUGUUCUCCUCGGAACUACGAUCUAGUCAAAUCGAUCGGAGCAGUCGCUACUUUUGACUAUCAUUCACCCUCGUGCGGCAGCGAAAUCCGUGAUUUCACAAACAACACGCUGGUGUACGCUCUCGAUUGCAUCGCCGACACAGCAUCAAUGGCCAUUUGCUACAAGGCUAUUGGAUCUGCAGGCGGACACUAUCUGAGCUUGGAUCCAUUCCCUAUCCGUUGCCACACUCGAAGGAGCAUCAAGCCAAACUGGAUAAGCACGUUGACCAUGUUUAACCAGGCAGUUAAUUGGCAAAUUGGGUAUCGCAAGGAAGCGAAACCAAAGGAUCGGGCGUUUGGACAUGAAUGGUUUAAAACAGCACAGGAGCUACUAGACAAUGAUCAAAUCAAGCCUCAUCCAUUUAGGGAGAUGACUGGCGGGCUUGAUAGAAUUGUCGAUGGAAUAGCACAAGUACGCAAGGCAGAAGUUUCGGCGAUGAAGCUGGUUUACACAAUUUGA